AUGUCUGUUUCUAAAGCUGAAACCAUAUCGGCUUUGCGGGUUCUUCUCAACUCUUCGAAGGAAAUACUCCAGGCCCAUCGUGACCUCACGCUCCAAACGUUAGAACAGAUCAGAUCCGUUCUCGCCGUCAAAUCUCACAAUAACAACACAACAAGCUCCAACAUACAAACAGAGCCGUUGCCCUUUUAUAACAAUAAAAACCUCGAGAGCCACUCUUCUCGCCAGGUCGGAGAGCCCUCCUACUCCCCAGCGACUGUUUUUGAGGACCGGUUACAUACUGCCGCCGACCAGACUGAAAUACCGAGGACUACUAAGACCGAGAGAAAUCAUGAUACUGACCCUAAAACUCUCGACGCCUUGGCUCAAGUCAAUCCAAGAAAGCGCAAAAGAGAAUCAGCCCCAGAGGCUCGACUUGCCAAGCUAUUGCAAGCUAUAGAGAAAAACCUUCCAAAGUUCGUGAAAUUUUCUCAAGAUACAGUGUCGCUCUCUGAAUUGUUGGACAAUGUUCAGGGCCGAGGAAGCUUCUACAAGCGCCUAGAUCACAUCAAGCGAAUUAAUGGGAACAAGACCCCCAACGAAAUAGAAAAACUCUUAAAAGGACUAUAUCAGGUCUCACUUGCUCGAGAAUUCACGGCAUAG